CACAUGCAUUUCAUCACUACUUAGCGACGGAAGUUAGUAUCGCACAGAACCGGAAGUCGGUUGAUCUUUUCGGUUGCCGAUAGCCAUAAUGGUGUUCAAACGCUUUGUCCAGAUAGGCCGUGUUGCCUACAUUGCUUAUGGUCCUCAUGCAGGCAAGCUGGUGGCUAUUGUGGAUGUUAUUGACCAAAACAGGGCACUGGUUGAUGGUCCUUGCUCUGGUGUAAGAAGACAAGCAAUGCCGUUUAAAUGCAUGCAGCUGACAGACUUUGUCAUUGAUGUGCCACAUAGUGCUCGUCAGAAGUAUGUCCGCACUGCCUGGGAGAAAGCAAAAAUCAGUGAGAAAUGGGCCGCAACGAACUGGGCGAAGAAAAUUGAAGCCCGCCAAAAGAGGGCAAAAAUGACUGAUUUUGAUCGUUACAAGGUUAUGAAAGCCAAGAAAAUGAGAAACCGGAUCAUUAAACAUGAACUUAAAAAGCUUCAGAAGGCUGCAAAGACUGCAUAAUUGGAUAGAGUUUGACAAUAAACUUUUGUUUAAUAUA